AUGUCUGAUCUGAUCGCGCCUCCGCGGCGGCGAAAUGUCCUCUCCCGCUUCCUCCACACGCUGCACCUGCUUCCCCGGCCAGAGGCUCCCCCGCCCCCGCUAUGCGUGUGUGGUCACCCUCCACACGGUAUCGAGCCGCACAUGAAGCCCUUCCUACCGCGUUCGCCGCCUGAGCCCGAAUUCGAAGACUGGCCUGAAGACACGUCCGAGGUGGAGUACCCUGUCCCGGCAUACUCGCCCCCAAGGGUCUCGCCAAUGUACCGACACGUACGUUACGAGGUGGUCGGUCCCACGCCGGCACCGUGGACAGAGGCAGCCGAGAGCUGGGUGGCGUGCGAGAGGGCGCAUGAUCACUUCCUCAUCAAGGUCCGUUUCGGCAUGCACAAACGCGUAUACUGUCUUCCCUGGCGAGGAGAGAGGACCACAUUCGGACACAUCAAGGCCAAGUUCGCUCACGAUAUCUACAAGCACUUGGGUCUGGGUCCCGUGUUUCUCGAACUCUGGGUUCGCGGCCACCGUGUCUCCGGCCACGAGGUUCCUGCCGCUCACGGCGUGAAGAACCGCGACGUGAUCGAAUGUCGCCCCGUGCCUCAGUUGCUCCGAAAGCCACUACCACUUUACACCGACGUGCCCCCACUGCCGCUUGUGUCCUACGAAACACUCUAUCCGGCACUUGACGCAGGACUGAACGGCGCAAAUAAGCAGCAAGCCAGCCAGGGCAGCGAUACACGGCCAGGCAGGGAGAGCGGCAUGGCCACGUCAAACCGCUCUUGCGAGUUCGGUGAAAGACCGAAGCUCAACAGCUAUCCCGCGUUCCAUGGAGUGAACAAGUCCAGGAGUCGGGCAGGAGGAGAUUGCAUGCCCGGUGCCACCAGCCUCAACCACUCCAGAAGCUCCAGUGCCACCAGCACCUACAGCAAAAGAGCCUCAUCGGCCACCCAGUCUUCACAGAGGGAGGGCAAACCGUACCCCGGCACAGAGCAUUGGUCAACCGGCGCCGAGCCUGUUGAGGCAUGCUGCUAG